AUGUCGACCGAAACGCAAUGCCAACUAGUACCCGCUUAUGGUUCUUCCUCCGACUCAGACAACAACAUGGACAGCAACAUGGACAACAACAUGGACGUCAACUCCUCUCCUUCGUAUGAAGAUCUUGUCCGAAACCCUAAUCUUUUCUGGGAUACGCUCACAAAAUUUCUAACACUUUCUCACAGAAGUUUAAAGGUUCCUAUUGUGGGAGGAAACCGUCUGGAUCUGCAUCGGCUUUUCAUCGAGGUCACAACUCGAGGUGGUCUUGAAAAGGUGAUCAAGGAGCGUAAAUGCAAACAAGUUAUUGGAAACUUCAAUUUUAAGAAGCAAAUAACAAAUGCAGCAUUUGUUUUGAAGAAGUAUUACCGGAAAAUUCUCUUUGAGUUUGAGCAUGUACAUUACUUCAAAGAGCCAAUGUCUUUAUUCUGGGCUAGAGAUGAAGCAAUGAAUCGCCUUGUCACAAAAUCUGAAAAUGAUGACGAAGGCACUCAAGAACUGGGACGUGGCUGCGCGGUGAACGGAGUGAUCGAUGGGAAGUUCCAUAAAGGGUACUUUGUGACGGUGAAGGUUGGGUCAGAAGAGCUUAAAGGAGUGCUUUACAAGACUGCUGAGACUUCUUCUGAAACUCGGAGAUACAAGAAGAAGGCAAAACUGUCUCUGGGAGAUUCUCAGAGACCUAAGUCACACAGAAGCGGUUACAACUUCUUCUUCUCGGAGCAGUACCGUAAGCUUAAACCUGAGUACGCUGGACAAGAAAAGCUUCUCACCAAGGAUAUUGGCCACAUGUGGACCAAUCUCUCUGAUUCUGACAAAAAGGUUUAUCAAGAUAUGGGGUAUGAGGAUGUGAAGAGGUAUAAGAGAGACAUGUCACAGUACAAAUCUUCAAUGGAUUCUCCUGAGGUGGAGGAGACUGAUGCACCGGAAGAUGAUGCGGCGGCAGAUGAUGCUGCGGCGGAUGAUGAUGCGGCGGAGACAUCUUCUGAGGAGAGUCAGUAG